AGAUGACCUCUAGGAAAUAACUAAUUACCCACAUUCUUCAAGAAGUGUUUUCAAUUUGUUCUAUAAUUAAAUAACAGUUGUAUUAAUUAUCCGCCUCUGGGUUAAUGAUCACUGCUCCGCUCUCUUCUUAACUGUCUACCUUUUCUUCGACUAGAAGAAGCGCCAGGCCCACACCGAAGACGCGAAGACGGAUAUCCAGCAAUAAUAAUGGGCCAGACCAAGUUAAGCAUGGCUUUUGGUAUAAAAGUGCGGGCCCAUCUGCAGUUCGACAUCAUUCAGCUUGAGCGUCUUGCGACAAGAGCUUGCCAAAGCAAAUCCAACGAACUUUAAAAGCCCGACCAACAAAUCAAUAACAAUGAAACUCUUCGUCUUCGCUGUGUGCGCCAUCGCCUUGGCCUCCGCCGAUGUUUCCCACCUUAACCUGGGCAGUGGUUAUAGCUACAACAAGCCCACGCCGACCUUCAACAUCCCCUCGGCUCCAGCUCCAGCUUAUCUGCCACCCGUUCAGGAGGUGAUAUCUGCGCCGGCUCCAGCUCCUGUGUACUCUGCUCCUGCGCCUGCUCCUGUUUACUCCGCUCCAGCCCCAGCCCCAGUCUACUCCGCUCCGGCACCAGCACCUGUUUCGGAGUACCUGCCUCCUGUUCAAGACAUCCCAGCUCCAGCUCCUGUUUAUUCUGCUCCUGCUCCAGCUCCAGUUUACUCUGCUCCUGCCCCAGCUCCAGUUUACUCUGCUCCUGCGCCAGCUCCUGAGUACUUGCCUCCCGUCCAGGACAUUCCAGCUCCGGCUCCAGCUCCCGUUUACUCCGCUCCUGCACCUGCUCCUGUUUACUCCGCUCCAGCCCCAGCUCCAGUCUACUCUGCUCCCGCACCAGCACCCGUUUCGGAGUAUCUGCCUCCUGUUCAAGACAUCCCUGCUCCCGCCCCAGUGUAUUCUGCUCCUGCGCCAGCUCCGGUAUACUCUGCUCCUGCCCCAGCUCCAGUUUACUCUGCUCCUGCGCCAGCUCCCGAGUAUUUACCUCCCGUCCAGGACCUUCCCGCUCCUGCGCCCGCUCCAGUUUACUCUGCUCCUGCUCCAGCUCCAGCUCCAGUUUACUCGGCUCCUGCUCCCGCUCCAGUUUACUCUGCUCCUGCUCCAGCUCCAGUUUACUCUGCCCCAGCUCCCGUGGAGUCGGGCUACCAGUACAAUGUGCCUGCCAAGCGUUUCCGCUUCUAAAUGGACAUCAGGUGGAUUCCAAAGAGUUCCGCAGCCAUUUGAGUGGUGACAGCUUGUUAAAUUAACAAGUGCCGUCGCCCAUUGUUGUUGAAUAUUUGUUGUUACGCAAAGUUCCCGUUGAGAUUUUAGCUAAUAAAAAAAUUACAAAAC